CAUGCGGGUCCCAGGUCACGGAAGCGCGGGAAACAGGAAAAGGACAAACAGCAGAAAAAGGACAGACAGCAGAAAGGAGACGAAAGGUAGAGGAAAAUGGACGAUGAUUUUGGAGGAUCGCUGACUCCUCCUGUCUCUCCAUAUGAAAUAGAAGGAAUGGAGACAGAUGUGCAAUGUUGCAGACCUCCUUGUUUCUCCUGCUCCUUGGGCCAACAAGAUGCAGGAAAUCCCUUUUCUGCUGAAGGCUAUGUAGCAAGUGGAUCACUAAACCGAUUGCUUUUAAGAUUGGAUCCUUCCCCGACUGGAUAUGACGCUGAUACGGUGGAUAUAUUUGGUUUUCAGUGGGUGACUGAAAUGGCACUUGUCGAAUCACCAACUCUUCUGUUUGGCUUACUGAGACAACAAAUCAGCCAUUUGGAAGAUUUGGCACAGAGAGGUUCAUGUGAUUUUGGGGAUAUUUCGAGCAUUUCUAUUGAAGCUGAUGAAAUCAGACAACAGUGUGUUAACUUCCUUCAGUAUAUCAAAGUGUUUAUUUUCAGGUAUCUAGAGCCUCCCAAAGAACCAGAUGAACAACCACCCCAUCCGUAUGAGGAACUUGAAGCUCAGCUGCCUUCAGUAUUAGUAGAGGAAUUACACACACUUACUCUGUUCAUUGGCCAUCUCCAUCAACGCCCCACCAAUAUCCUUGCCAACCUCUCCAUUAGCAACCAAGGAAAGGUCUUUCCACCCUCCUGGCAUUUGGUGCAUUUGCAUUUGGACAUUCAAUGGUCAGUGCUUGAGAUUCUGCACGUGCUUGGCGAGAAAAUGUUGGGACAGGUAAUUUAUGCACAUCAGUUUAUGAAUCUGACCGGUCAAAAUUUGACUAAUGUGAGCCUGUUUGACGAUCAUUGUGGUAACCUUCUACGUGACCUGCUUGUUUUAGCAGUGAACAAGUUUACCAAGGUUAGACCAUCCGAAGUACUUAACAUUUGCCACUAUCAAUGCACCUGUGUCAAGGAACUAUGGACACUACUCAUCCAUUUACUUGAUCACAGACAUAAAACUUCUCAAACUGAGAAUUUCUGGAGCAGCUUGAACAAUCAUCUCAGGAAUCUCCUGCAAGAGCGGGCUAGUGGAGAAGGAGUCCGUCUUAGUGAUGCUACGACAUGCAAGGAUCCUCGUGGUUUCAGUUGGUGGCUGGUUACCCACCUUGCAUUUCUUUACACAUCCGAUAGAAAUGGAAACACUCAGGAGAAGAAACUGAUUGAAAACAAUUGGAGUUUUAUAGAAGAGCUUCUGAAACUAUCUGUGAAUGUUCAGAAUGGAAUUUUGGAAGAACAAUUGCGGAUGCACCUUCAGUGUUGCCUAACUCUGAGUGACCUCUGGAGUGUCAAUAUCAAUGCAGUUAGCAUAUUGUGGGACUAUUACAGUAAACACCUGAAUAGCCCCUUCAAUAUUCCUUGGCUUGGCUUACAAGGAAUGGCCACUGUGAGCAAAUCACCUUUUGCUAUGCUUGAAUUGACAAGAGCGUGUUGUCGAGGUGACCAAAGCUCCAACUUGUACCAGUCGCAGAAUAGUUUUCAGCUCUUCCUCAGAAUUUUAGCUUUGCAAAUUACGAAAGGGCAGGAAGCAAGUGGAACACAUCCAUGGAAACAGUUGAAAGGAAGGAUUUAUUCCAAGUUCCAUCAACGAAAAAUGCAGGAACUCACGGAACUGGGCCUUCAGAAUUUCCUCAGCCUUUUUCUAGUCCUUGCAGAAGUGGCAGGGAUGGAAGACGUUGUCAGCCGUGUUUCAGAUCUCCUUGACUUUUUAAAGCCCAGUCUGCUCUCCAUUGCCCAACAGUCAUUGAUUUGGAAAGGUCACUUUGCAUUUCUUCUGAUGUACGAGGAGAAAAAUGUUGACAUUAGUUUCCUUGCUACAAAACUGUCGACUAAUUUUGAGAAUGUAGCAAAAGAAUUCUACUUGAAAACAACCGAACACACACGGAAAGUGACCCUUUGGCCAUUGCUACUAACGUAUAUUGAUGCUGUGCAGGAGGUAUUUGAGAACAGUUCCUUUCUACAUCUCUCAGAGGAGAAGCUAUUGAAUCAAGGGUUUGAUCUGCUCUACCGUGCCUGCAGGGAAUGUGAAUUAAAUGCAGCACUUACAUUUCUGCAGAUUGUUCUGGCUCGUUUGAGGAGUGUGUACAAGCGCUCAGUCCAACAGCCUCCAGUGCCUUCACGCAGCCUUCCAGCACCAUUAGUUGCCAAAGAGCGCCACCUAGCUAUCGCCAGUGCUCUCUGGAAGAAUUUCUUCCCUUUCGUAAAGAGCCAGAGACUGUCGCAGACACCUUCUUCACAGACAGCUGACGUUGCUGCAGGGUUCACUCUCUUGGCAACGGAUAUGCCGAGCACAGCGCCUUCAGACCUCCAGCCGCAACCUCUUGUACACAUGAUGAAACUGUUUGGCUGGGAUGACAUGGUACACCCUCAGUUGGUUUCACGAUAUCUCAGUCAUCUAAUUCAAACCAGCGCCUUAGUGGAUGCUCUCAAAAGCUUAGGAUGCAGUUCGUACCAAACAUUUACAAUCCAUUCUUGGUUUCGGUGCAUUUUGCAGCAGCAUCUGAAUCAACCUGCUGGCAUAACAGACAAAACGCACACUAACACGUUUAGUGGAAGGGACGCCUUGGAACAGUUGACAGGAUUAACCAGGAUAGUGUACAAGCUGCCGGAGAUGGAAAACCUACUCAGCCAGUCUCACCUUGAUCAGUCAACAACCCAGGUGGAGCCUAGAGCUGCUCUCCUCACAUUCAUUAAGGCUGUUGGGAAAACAUACACCCAACUACAAACUCUAGGAGACAAAUCUUCUUUGGCCUCAAAGGCCCUGGUGUAUGCUGGUGAUAUCCUGAAGUACACUAAGCCAUAUUUAGCUAACAAGGGGCCAAAUGAAGGUCUGCAGUUAUUGUACUGGGCUGUUGGUUGCAUUGUCAAACACUGGGCCCCAAUACUAGCCACUUCAAAAUCUCAACAACUUUUGUUUUGCAUCAUUGAUCGCCUGUUAUUGCCACAUACCCUCUUUCAGCAGGGCACAGGAUUGCCCCCAGCAAUGUUGUCUGCCAUUCGAGAUAACUUGCCUCUCUAUCUGCAGGGACUGGCAACCAUUGUUGGACAAAUAACAGCUCAGGCUGUUUACGUUAAGCAGCAGCUUCGAAAUGUUAUCCAAAAGUAUUUUGAACGUUUCCUUCCAUUGACGGGGUCAGGUGUCGUAAAUCAUCCUAUAUUACUUGCACUUUGGGAAUCAACCGCUGUGGCUCAACAUCAGAUUCUGCGGAACACCCUUGUUCUGGUCAUAAGUGAGAACUACUUGCAGUUCAGAAGUCACGCUCCUCCUCCUCGCUUAGCAGCAAUCUUGUCAUUUCUUUUUGAAUUAUUACGAAGGAACCAAAACAGUGAUGCAGCCAGUGAGGCCAAGCUCCUCUUACCGACCGUGCUGAAAUGUCUAAUGUUGGUCAAUGAACCGCAAGUGAAGAAGUUGACCACUGAGGUCAUGCAAUGUAUAAUUGAAAAUUGCCAGUCACUAACUCCCAGUCAGGUGUGUCCUCACUUGACCUCUGUACUAAGGCAGUUUAUUCAGGAGUAUUUUGGGAUCUACGAUCAACAGGUGUACCACAUCGUAGAAAUGGUUGCAGUCUUAAAUCGAGAUUUGGUUAUCAGUCUCAUUCCCACACUAAGUAAGACUCUAAAGGACACUGAACAUAAGCAAGGACUCGGAAGAAACAAUUCACAGAGACAGUCUUACAGAAGACUUUUGGUCCAUCUUGGAGAAGAAGGACAAGCUGAAAUUAUUAAAUUAGAAAAGGACAGCGACUGAGUUCAUCGUAGAAGAAGCUUGGACCAGCAAGUAUCAGAGUGCCACUUGAAAAUAAUGUUGAAAUAAUCUGUACAGAUGUUUAUAAAUGUAUUGCUUCAUAAAUAUAUUAUUGUGGCAGAGAAAUUAGAGAAACAUUUUAAGUAAAAACUUUUAAAUCUACUUUUGUUUACCUGUUCUGUCGUGAGUUAAAGUCGGCUGUAGUCAUUAAAUGUAAAUGAGGCUUGUGUAAAUAAAUAGAAGUACCAUAACUCAGA